AUGGCCUCAGAGAAGAACAACCUCCACCAAGACCAACCAAAAACACCGCCAAAGCUCUCUCUACUGACAAUUUCGCGGGCGAGCAUGCUGCCGGAGUUGCCCACUCCACCGCCACGGACGGCGGUGUCGGUUCCGUUCGAGUGGGAGGAGGCACCGGGGAAGCCUAGGCCCUGCCACAGCCGGUCCAAGCCCAAGGCUAGUGGUGACGUGGCUAGAACCUUGGAACUGCCUCCGAGGUUGGUGUCGUUGGAGGCCAAAGCUUCGUCCCCGACAACGGUGCUGGACGGGCCUUACGUUGGACGCGCCAUGUCUUUUACGUCAUCGUAUAGGCCCCCCAAGGACACGUGGAAUGCCAAUUUCGCGUCUAAAAGGUGGAGCGCGUUGAAGAAGAACGACCCAGGGGAGGGUCGUUUUGACUUUUCAAGUUGGACUGUGGAUGGAACUCAUAAGGUGAAGAUCACAAGGGUUAGGAGAAGAGGAAGCUUCUUGAGCCUCUCCCAUGGAAGUGCAUGGGCAAGCAUUUAUGAAAGCUUUAAGCAAGUGGUCCCAUGGAAGAAGCGCAAGAAUGAAAAGCAGAGGAUGAUGGGGAACGAAAUUUGA